GACAGUGGGGGGGGGGGGGGGCUGCUUUUGUAUAUAAACACACACUUAAAGACAGCUGAAGGAAGUGUAUCUUCAAAGGACAUCCCUCCACCUCCACCGAGCAGGCUCCAUUACAACAUACACAAUGGCAGAUGCAAGCUUCCAGAAGGAGUUCCUGGAAACCCACAACGCCUACAGGGCGAAGCAUGGCGCGCCACAAAUGACCUUUAACAGCGAGAUGUGUGCCUCCGCUCAGAAGUGGGCUGACCACCUGCUGUCAAUCAGCGGCCUGAAGCACAGUGAGACUAAGGACGGGGAGAACGUCUACUACAUGUCAAGUUCAGCAGGCUGCAAUCCCACAGGGAAAGAAGCUGUGGAUUCGUGGUACAGUGAGAUCAAAGAUUACAACUGGAGCAGCCCGGGUUUCAACAGCAAUACUGGGCAUUUCACUCAGGUGGUGUGGAAGGAGAGCAGCGAGCUGGGCGUGGGGCUGGCCACUGACGGAAAGACUGUGUUUGUGGUGGGGCAGUACAGGCCGGCAGGAAACAUGACGAACCCGGGAUACUUCGAGGCAAACGUCCUCCAAGAGUAAAGGCUGUGCAUUUUACCGCUGGCAGAGAGGAGGGGGGAGCAGGAAGCCCCUCCAGUGGUGGAGCGAGCCCGAAGAAGACCUGCACCCUGCUGUAGACCACCGUAACCCUCCCUCCAACACACUGCUGCUAAAUAUGCUCCAUGUUGUUAAAUAGUUACAGCCUAUACAAAAACAUGUUGUUGAAUAAAAUUAUCUUGAU